GGUGGGGGGGACACGGAACCUUCGAGCGGCGGAACGAAACGUCGCGGAGCCCGUUUUACCCCGGAACGGCCUCGCCGCUCUCCCGGAGUUUCCACCCGGGGCGCUGGGAAGUGACGGACCGCGAACAUGGCGGCGCCGGCGGGGUCGAACCACGUGUGGGUGGGGGCCGAGACCGGCGCCUUUAAAGGAGUGAACCUGCAGAAGAAAGUGGCCACGAACGUGGUGGGGGGGUCGGGGCUGAGCCGGGGCCGGGGGGUCUGUGCCCUGUGCUGGGGGGACCCCGCCCAGACCGAGGUGCUGGUGGGGUCCCUGGAUCGCUCCGUGAGGGUCUUCAGCACCGAGAAGGGGAAGUUUGUGGGGUCCCGGCUCUGCCCGGGGGGGGACGGGGCCUUCUGCGGCCUGGGGGUCCUGGGCAGCUCCAUCGUGACGUGUGUGGAGUCGGGGCUCAUCCAGGUGUGGGGGGAGGACGAGGCUGAGAAGCCCCAGCUGGAGGUCCCUGCAGGCCCCGGGCUGUGCCGGAUGCGCCAGGACCCGACGCGGCCGCACCGGGUGGGGACGGGGGGGAAGGAGAACGGGCUCAAGGUUUGGGACCUGCAGCGCCCGGGGGAGCCCCUGUUCCGGGCCAAGAACGUGAGGAACGAUUGGCUGGACCUGCGGGUGCCCAUCUGGGAGCGGGACCUGCAAUUCCUGCCGGGAUCCGACAAGGUUGUCACCUGUACGGGGCACGGCCAGGUGCGUCUCUACGACCCCGCGACCCCCCAGCGGCGCCCGGUGCUGGACACGACCUUCGGGGAGGGGCCCCUGACGGCGCUGGCACUGCCCCCCGGGGACACGUCGGUGGUCGUGGGCAGUGCCCGGGGGGACGUGGCCGUGAUCGACCUGCGCAAAGGGCGGGUGCUGCGGGCGCUGAAGGGGUUUGCGGGGGGGGUCCGGGGGCUGCAGUGCCACCCCCACCUCCCCCUCGUCGCCUCCUGCGGCCUCGACCGGUUCCUGAGGGUCCACGGCCUCGAGGACGGGGGGCUCCGGCACAAGGUGUACCUGAAGUCGCGCCUCACCUGCCUCCUGCUGAACACGCACCUGGACUGGGAGGACGAGGAGGAGCCCCCUCCCCAGACAGAGGUGAAGGACGAGGAGGGGGACGAGCUGUGGGACACCCUGGAGCCCGUCCCCGCCCCCCGGGGGGGCAAGAAGCGGAAGAGUUCGGGGCUCUGAGACCCCCCAAAACCCCCCAAGUCCCCUCCAUUGUACAUAAUAAAUAUAAUUUUUACUCUGUUGACC